AUGAAUGAAGAAGUAAAUCAGAAUUCUAUCGACACUCAUGUUGAUCGGAUGCGCCAGUAUUACAAUGGAUACAAAUUUCGAACGACUAAAGAUGACGGGAUUUAUUCCACCAAUUUGUGCUUGGACUAUUUGCAGCAGCUGUUAAUGAACUACCCAAUUCCACUUGUCGAUCCCAACAACGAGUUAAGCAAAAGUUUGCUGAUGUUUAUUGGGAACCACCCUGAUUCAAUUCCGUUGCUUGCUCAACUGUUGGAGAACAAUGAGAUGCCAUUCCACCACACUGAAAUUCAAGCAAGUCUUUGCCUAGCAGAUCUUAUCGACAAUCGAAGCCAAAGCAACCUGUCUCUGCAGUCAUUUCUUUUUUAUGCUGGGGCAUUAACCUUUGCAGACAAACCAGGCUUCCUUUGCAUGCCAAAUGUCAUUGUUACUAAGACAAUCAUCGAGUGCAUUAUUCAACUCUGCCAUAUUUGCACAAGUUCACAUGUUUUUAAAGAUGCUGUCAAUGAUCUUGUUGCCAAUGACAACAUCAGCUCGCUAUGCUACUAUCUUGAGGAGUGCUUGAAGAACAUGAUCAAACAAGGAAACCUCAGGAGCGAUAAUGAAUUGGUCACAAAAAUGUUGUUCCAUUCUUCCCUCUCAACAAUUCCACGCUAUCUCAGUGAUACAGAAGUCGAAGUGCCUACCAUCAGUGUUUAUGGCCAGAAAGUGCAGCAAGCCAAUGGUUAUGUCGACCUGCUGAUAGCUGAAGCCAAACCUGCUUCCCAUGGUGCGAUGCCAAAGCGAUUCAUUAUUGAGUUCAAGACUAAAGGUGUCAACUAUUUGAACUUACCAAAUCGAG